ACAAUGAAAUGACGCUCUGGUANCAAACAUGGUUAUUCCUCGAUUUACCGGAGGUCUCUACCCAAAAGGAAAGCAGUAUCCGUACCCUAAGGCAGGUCAAACAAACCCAAUAGUAAAGCUGUUUGUAGUUAAUCUGUAUGGACCAGCACAUACCCUGGAAUUGAUGCCACCUGACAGCUUUAAAUCAAGGGAAUAUUACAUCACCAUGGUGAAAUGGAUAAGCAAUACCAAGGCUGUGGUGAGAUGGCUGAACAGACCUCAGAAUAUCUCCAUCCUCACUGUUUGUGAAGCCACGACUGGGGCAUGCAGCAGGAAAUAUGAAAUGCAAUCAGAUGUGUGGCUUCCUAAACAGAAUGAGGAACCUGUUUUCUCCAAGGAUGGCAGCAAGUUCUUCAUGACCGUCCCAGUGAAGCAGGGAGGCCGGGGCGAGUUUCACCACAUAGCCAUGUUUAUUGUCCAG